ACACACCUUCUACGUCUAAGCCACAUUUGUUGGUGCUCAAACCUGGUUAGAGGAUUUAUUCAAGUUUAGGCAGGUCUAAAAUUCUCCAUCAGCAGGUGUUACAGAGAUCAACCCAUAAACAUCGUUGAAUACCUCCUGCCUGAUACUAGUGUCUCUCUCUAUCAGUGUACUGGAAAAAGAAGAAAAGGGCACCUGAAAACUCUAAUAAAGAAACAAGUGAGUUAAAUGAUCAUGGAUGUCAGGAGGCAGCUGUGGGCCCUGGCCCGCAUGGUGCUGCCCAGUUUGGGAUUUGCGUUGACUUGCAUCGGGGCCUACCUUGUGUCUCUGCAGACAGAGUACAAGUACUCUUUGAGGGUCAUCUCUGCCUACGUCAUGGUUGUGUUUGGCAUCCUGGUUGUGCUCAUCGGAGCAUUCUGGGCCAUCUGCCACAGCAUGAAGAGCAAGAUGUACCAGAGAGGAGGACGUGAACAGCACCUCCGGGUCUACACUAUUGACAGACCGAGCUCCUUCCCUCCAUCGUACGAGGAGUCCCAGGGCAGCCAGCAGAGUCCUGAUACAGCCCCUGAGUUUGAGGUCGUGGUUGAUGGGGUUGAUGGGGUGGAUGUGGCGGAUGUGGCGAUGCGCCUCGCUCCUCCUCUGUACAGCCAGGACAGCUCGGACGCCCCAGACUGCACGUGGAGCUGGGAGCAGCCUCCUCGGUACAGUCAGGUGGAGCGCGUUCAGCAGGGAGAGGUGGAUGCAUGAGGAGCGGAGGGGGGCCUUGUCGGGACACUGAAGGGAGGAAAUGUUUCUGCUGAACUGGCUGAGCGAGUAAAGCAGGAAUGGCGAUCGUAGAUAGAAAUUUGCUUUCUGACCAAGCUAGGACAUAAAGUUCCAGAAGAAUGGGAGAUGCCUUUUAAAUGCGGUUGUACUGCUGACAUCAGUCUUCCCCCUGACCUCGCUGUGCUGACCCCACAGUACGUUAAGGGGUCUUAAAAGAGGUUGAACUGCGGUUUUGUGUUGAUGUUGCUCAAAUGGUCUUUGACUCAGGAUGAGCUUCACGUUUGAGUUGCUGCUUAGUGGUGUGACAAAUAACCGAGGACAGUAUUAAUCCAGCUGGAUGCAUAGACGUCUGAAUUGACAGUCAGCAAUUACUUUUAGCCGCACUGUAGCUCCAAUUUGUACACUAUUAAAUUAUUGCAAGUAUAACACAGCUGUUUGAAUUGGAGUUAAUGAUGCUAAGCCUGUUCUAGGGUCAUUUGUAUUAUUUAAGUAAAAAUAUGAAGUCACUAAGCUUGUGUUCAAUUUGUUUCUUUCCCAAUAUAAAGCCAACCAUUGGGAGACUUGUUUUGCACUAUGAAUGCAUACAUUUUAUAAUAAUUGUUAAUAAAUGACUUUUUAAAAGUACAUUUUCUUAACCGGCAGCUUUAUCUAAUUUCAAAGUAGGUCAAACAAACACUCAAUUUAUUUGCAGCAAAUAUUCAGACUUGAACCGGUGAUAAUAGGAUUACAUGGACAACAUCUGAGAACCAUAUCGGCCACCACAAUGUCCUAUAAGUUACAUUUAAUUGUUUAUAUAUUGUUAUACAGCGUUUCAUUUCCCAGGAAAGUCUCCAAGGGAGACAUUACCAAGAUGGCUGCAUGAAAAGUUGCAGUUUACAAUAUCAAAACGAUCCAAAAUCAGACAAAAUAAUACUAAAACAGAAAAUAAUACUGAAAUGGACUCAUCAAUUUAAAUUCCUUGUGCAGACUAGUCUUAGUAGCUGGACCAGAAACAUGACGGCUUUCUGUCCAAUCUCUGUCUACACAUCGAGGACAGACAACAGAUAUAUGUCUUGUGAUCUGAGCUAAUGAUUGCAUGUCAAUAAUGGACGCCUACCCAGAGAUUUGUGAGGCAAACAAAUCGUUUCAGUCCGUGGUGAAUUUGUACCCGUUUACUGUGUUUGGCACACAGACUGUAUAAAGGAAGACACCAUGAUGUCCUAACAGACUGUUUUAAUAGAUUAUGGGUUUUCUCUCAAGCACACCUGACAGCGCAGUUGAAAAGUUCACCACAAUAAAGAUAAUGGUGGAGCAACAAUUCAACUGUGCGGCUUGCUCGUGUUCAUGCACAUUAUAAAUGAAAAGGGAGGUUGUUGGCACCAUUUUAAUUACAGAGUACUUUAAAAGAUGUAUUAUUAUGCCUAUUAGACACUUGUCUCUGACACAUGAACAAUUUCAGCCAAAGCGUAAACCGUCUUCUUCGCGACACAUUGAUAAACUGGCAUUGAUCCACGUCCAACCUCAGGAACAACCCCUGACAUUAUAAAACAGUUGGAUUGGGCAAUAACCUGUAAUGGCUGACAGGUAGUGUCUGGCUGACUGAGUGAACACAUCCUCGAGGAUAUCCACUGGCAUAUCCUCGACUCAUAAUGACGGCAAUCAGUGUGUUUAUGAGUUCCUGCUCUCUGCGUCCCAUUCAGGCCGUAUAAAGAUCAACCCUCUUCAUUCCUUAUCUCAACAUAACAGCUUCAACGCAUCUCACACUCGGCUCAAAAGCCGGCGCUGUGCUCGACGAACAAAAGCCUCCUUUUCCAUAAGGAUGUUCAAUCGCCACAUGAUAUAUAGCAUCAGCACAACAUGGUGCUCCUAAUUAUGAAAAAUAUGUUUAAUUAAAAUCACGGAAUACCUAAAGGCAACAUAUCUCACGUAUUUUAGUUGUCCCCAUUAGACCUGUCUGUUUCAAUUAAAAAAGGCAAAUACCACACACAAAAAAAAGUUUAUUUGG